AUGAGGAAGACAUCUGUCUCUUCUAAUAGCUUUGGUGGUUUUCUAAGUCCCGGAGCUCCGAAUUACAGCGACAACAAAGGAUGGAGCUCCGAUAGAGUUCCACAUCCUUCUUCGUCGACUACUUCCUCCGCCGCCGCAAUUAAUGGUGGCCGUCGUCACAUCGGCUCAGCUUCCGCUUUAACGACGCCGUUCUACAGCGGCAGAGCGAUACCGUCGAAAUGGGAAGACGCAGAGCGGUGGAUUUGUAGCCCCGUCGCGACAUACCCACCAGGUGUUUGUCAAAAUCCCUCAGUGAGCUCUCAGUUCUCCGAGCAGAGACGGCAGAAAUCCAAAAGCGGUCCGAUUGUUCCUCCCACGCUGCCGCAUCCUCCGACCUCUUCCUCAUCGGGGAUUGGGUGUUAUCACUAUUCUCCGAGGAUGACGAUGCGGGCGAUGGAAGCUAAUCAAGGGAACAUGAAGGGUUUGAUGGUGGUUGGCUCUCCGUUCUCGACUGGUGUUUUGGAGGCGGAUAGGGUUUUCAGAGGAGGUGUCGGUGGUGGUUGUGACGGCUAUAGACGUGGCCAUGGACAUAGCCGGAGCUGGGUUGAUUUGAUGAGUGAAGAAACUUCAUCACUUGGCUCCAAAACUGAUACAGAGGAGAAAGCAGAGGACACAAAGGAAGAAGAGAUGAAGACGGCUAUGCAAUCUCCGGUGGUUUCAAGAAGAGAUAUAGCUACACAGAUGAGCCCAGAGGAGAUGAGUCCUGAUCAUAAUGAUCACCAGUCUACUCAAGAGCCAAACUGCUCAUCUCCACCGUUGGUUGUCUCUGUGAUUGAUGAGCCUCCUAUGAAGGAGAAUCCUUGUAGAGGUGAAGUGAGAGAAGUGAAGAUGGAUAAAGGAGCAAGGAUGAUUAAGCGUCCAAAAAGACGAGUGAUGUCUUCUAGGAUUACUAGGAGAGAGCAACCUGAGGUUGAAGACAACUCUGAAGCUUCUGCUUCUUCUUCUUCUUGGGAUAUCUCAGAACCAGCCAUGAAUCUUUCAAAGUUGCAAAGAGAGGAAGCGAAGAUAGCAGCUUGGGAGAAUCUGCAGAAGGCGAAAGCAGAAGCCGCCAUUAGAAAGCUUGAGGUGAAGCUGGAGAAGAAGAAAUCAGCAUCAAUGGAUAAGAUCUUGAACAAGCUUCAAACAGCUAAACUGAAAGCACAAGAGAUGAGGAGAAGUUCAGUAUCCAUUGAGCAAGAACCGCCACAACAACGACAAGAGAAUCAUCAAAUCUCCAAACACUCUGUGAAGAUCACCCAUCUUGUCCGAAGACAUACUUUCAUGACCCCUUUCAUGACUUGCUUUGCUCCUCGUGUUGAUUGCAGAAAGUCUUCCUCUGCUCUCUGA